AUGCUGGGAGCCGUCUGUCUCGUCGUGCUGCUGGGCUACGGGUGUCCCACAGCCUACGGAUGCGGUCAGCCGGCCGUGCCACCACAGCUGAGCUCCCGCGUGGUGGGUGGUGAAGAUGCUGUAGCCCACAGCUGGCCAUGGCAGAUCUCGCUGCAGUACAGUCGCUCUGGAUCCUGGAACCACUAUUGCGGCGGGACCCUCAUUGCCCCCCAGUGGGUGCUGACAGCUGCCCACUGCAUCAGCUCUUCCCUGACCUACCGGGUGGCGCUGGGCAGGCAGGACGUGUCAGAGGCUGACGAACCUGGUUCUGUGGCCGUGGCUGUGGAGAAGAUCAUCGUCCAUGAGGAUUGGGAUGACUACUACAUUCGCAACGACAUUGCCCUGGUCAAGCUGGCAGAGGAGGUGCAGGAGACUGACACCGUCCGUGUCGCCUGCCUGCCGGCUGCUGACAAGAUCCUGCCCAACGACUACCCCUGCUAUGUCACUGGCUGGGGAAGCAUGAGGACCAACGGGCCCCUGGCCACCAUCCUGCAGCAGGCUCUGCUGCCCGUGGUGGACUAUGAGACCUGCUCCCAGUGGGACUGGUGGGGCAGCACUGUGAAGAAGACCAUGGUGUGCGCCGGCGGCGAUGGCACCACCUCUGGAUGCAAUGGCGAUUCUGGGGGCCCCCUGAACUGCCAGCGCGACGAUGGGAUCUGGGAGGUCGAGGGCAUCGUCAGCUUCGGCUCCGCCCGGGGCUGCAACACGAAAAGGAAGCCAACAGUCUUCACCCGGGUGUCCGCCUACAUCGACUGGAUCAACGAGAAAAUGAGCGCAAACUGAGGACGCGGCACUGUGGAGAUACCACUGUUGAUCAAAAUAAAAGCAAAAUAUGCUGA